AUGUCCUUCCGCCAGAGGAGCCCGCACGGCGGCACGAAGAGCAGCCCACAGCCUCCGCCUCGCUGGUCCCAAGGAAGGAAACGUGGCGCAGAUGGAAGGCGGAGAAGGCAGAAUGAAUCCGAUUCAUCCGGUUUUGAGGAAAACAAGUACAGGUCUUCUGACAACAGGCUGGACAGUUUUACAACACCAGAAGGCCCUGGACCCCUUUCCCGGUGUUCAGACUGGGGAACUGCAGUGGAAGAAGAUGAAAUGAGGACCAGUGUUAACAAAGAAAUUGCAAGAUACAGAAGAAAACUCCUGAUAAAUGAAUUUUCAAGAGAAAGGAAGUCCUCCUCUGGAAGUUCUGAUUCAAAGGAGUCCACUGUGACCGUAGAACUUGAGACAGACGAAGUAGUUUUGAUGAGAAGACAAAAACAGAUAAACUAUGGAAAAAACACAAUUGCAUAUGAUAGAUACAUUAAAGAAGUUCCUAGAUGCCAUCGUAUACCAGGAGUUCAUCCCAGAACUCCAAAUAAAUUUAAGAAGUACAGCCGUAGGUCAUGGGACCAGCAAAUUAAACUAUGGAAAGUUGCACUGCAUUCCUGGGAUCCACCUACUGAAGAAGGAUGUGAUCUGCAAGAAAUUAGUCCUGUUGACCUUGGUGAGAUGGAGACAGAAUCUGUCGGAAGCAAUUCUACUGAAUCUCAAACGAGCUGCCAAGAUAAUGAUGAUACCUGUUCUGGCACUCCCACCAAAGUCAGACACGUUGACUAUCAAGCAGAAGGUGAAUUUGACUUGGAAGUGUGUUUGAGUGAACCACUUAAAGAUUUUGAUACUGUGAGUUAAGUAGUCUUGUGCAAACUGUUUUAGAGGAAGUUUCUUUUAAAUUUGAGAGAUUAGCUUGAUUCAUAAACUGUUAAUAGUAAGAAAGCUUAAGCAAAGUUGAAGACUGUUCUCUAAGUUGUGGUUGGUCUACAUACUCUCUGGACCAAACUUAUGUAAAAAUACAAUUAAUUUGUGUGACUUCUUUUUUAACU